AUGAGCGCCUGUCUUCGCUUUACUCGACGAGUCUGGCAAUCAUUCAUUACUACCAAGGGGCAUGAUGCACAAUGUUUCCCAAAUCUAGUAGUUCAUCGAGCGGUACCGGGAGAAGUGAAUGCCACGCUGAAGAUUGAGAAUUAUAACCUUCACGGUGGCCUUAUACUGUCCAUGACCGACACGCUCGGCUCAUUGGCUGUAGCUUCAAGGGGGUACUGGAUGACGGGUGUCUCCACCGACAUAGGUACCUCCUUCGUACGUCCGGCAGGUCGGCCAGGCGACGUUCUUCAUGUCAAAGCAGUAUUGACAGCAUUGGGCAAAUCGCUGGCGUACACACGUGUCGACUUCACAAAUCCCGCAGGAGAACUGGUCGCUUAUGGAUACCAUACAAAGUAUGUAGGGAAAUCCUCAACGCACCAGAAAAAUGUUAAACUCUCGGAAGAUGGAGAACAGGUACUGGAAGGCGAGGACAUAGAUAUUGACUAA